AUGGCAUACUCUUUGCUAUCAACAACCAAGGAUGUCAUCGAGGGUCUGAGCAGUAACCAGUCCAGCUUCAUGAUUUUAUUUUCUUCCCUCGCUGGUAUCCUAAUUUUACUGCCCAUAUUCGGACCAAAACUUUUUCAAUUUCUAGGAAGAAUCGUGGGCCUUUAUCUACAAAAUAGUGCAGGCGACAGAAGACGUCAACUACUUUCUUUAAUCGCGAACGAUGAGCAACAGUGGGAUGCAAGGGAAAAUGGUAGGAGAGACAGUGAGGAGUGGGAGAAUGUGGAGAGACACACUAUUGAAAUAUCUGAACCUCAGGAGACAAGAGACCUAGAGUGGGACGGCAUUAUCGGGUUUUUCCACCCGUUCUGCAAUGCUGGUGGUGGGGGCGAACGAGUUCUCUGGGCUGCCGUUCGAGCGACACAAAAGACAUACCCCAAAGCAAAAUGCGUGAUCUACACUGGUGAUCAUGAAGUCGAUAAAAGAGCUAUCUUGGCUCGGGUUAAGAAUAGCUUCAAUAUAAAUCUCCAUGCCCCAACAGUAACUUUUCUCUACCUUACAACCCGUAGCUGGGUUCUGGCUUCCAGCUGGCCACGCUUUACUUUAUUGGGUCAAUCCAUUGGCUCACUUAUCCUCGCCUGGGAUGCAUUUGGUCUAAUGAUUCCAGAUAUCUUUGUGGACACUAUGGGUUUCGCAUUUUCCUUGGCUCUUUGUAAGGUUCUUUUUCCGUACGUUCCUACGGCCGCAUAUGUUCAUUAUCCGACUAUCUCAAUUGAUAUGCUUCAAUCUCUCGAUUCCAAAUCCUGUCACGGAAAUCAAGGAAUACAUGCUGGGAAAGGUGCUGGCGUGGCAGGAAUGGUAAAAAAGAUGUACUGGCUGCUAUUUGCCAAGGCAUAUUCUGUGGCAGGAGGAUCUAUUGACAUUGUCAUGACUAAUUCGACGUGGACUCUCGGGCACAUUACUUCACUCUGGGACUUGUGGCGCAGAAGGUUCAAUAAAUCCCCCGCCGUCGUUGUCUAUCCACCCGUAGCUGUUGAAGAAGUUGAACGGGCGAUCGACAUCUCGCAGUCCACCGAAAAACAACGACAGCCAAUUUUGCUAUACAUUGCACAGUUCCGACCCGAAAAGAAUCACCAACUCAUCAUCAAAGCAUUUGCUGCCUACAAAAAGAAAAAAUCUGCCCUGAGCUCAGCUAAACUAGUUCUCGUAGGCAGUAUACGUGAUCAAAGUGAUUCCUUACGGGUUUAUUCGCUUCGCCUUCUCGUGAACGAGUUGCAGAUCAAGAAUAGCGUCGAAUUUCAUAUUGAUGCUUCGUGGCCCGAAAUUUUACAAUGGCUGACCAGUGUAAGUGUAGGCGUAAAUGGAAUGUGGAAUGAGCACUUUGGCAUAGGUGUUGUUGAAUAUCAGGCCGCAGGGCUAAUAACAGUAGUUCACAAUAGUGGAGGACCAAAGGAAGAUAUUGUAACAUUGGUUGAUGGAAAGCCAACAGGUUUCCAUGCCAGCACUAUCGCUGAGUACGCCCAAUGUUUUGAGGAGGCAUUAGGCAUGCCAGACGGGGUCAAGGUUGAAAUGAGGCAACGUGCAAGACGAAGUGCCGACAGGUUUAAUGAAGGGAAUUUCAUUUCUAGCUGGAAUGUUCAACUAGAUAAGCUAGUCCAACUGCAUAAACAGCGGCAGCAUGGUUAG